AUCCGACGAGAUUCAAGUCGUUCAAGUAUUACGAACGUGACUGGGUUCAGUUGCAGUGCGAUAUCAAGUGAUCCCGCUGCAGAACGCACUUGAUACCGGCCACUACUUCAGAAGUAGUACUUCUUGGUGAAGCAAAUGGGUUCAGACGCUUCGAUUCUUUCGGCGCUGCUAGCCGCGUGCCAUGCAUUCGCUGAGCAAGUGCAGGUUGAUUUUUUUCGCCUCGCCUCGGAUCGCAACUCAGGGAUGCGCCUGGCACGACUGAAACGGAGCUAUGCGACUUCAAACAUCAUAUCCAGAACGAACUGUUUCGCCGACUGCACCGUGCAGCCACCGAUGCCAAGCUGGACAACUCGUUUUGUCUUCGUUUCCAUUGGUUCUACUAGUGAUGAAUCUCACUUGACUCAAUUAACUUCACCGUCAAAGCUGAAGCAGCGAUCGACUGGUCGCAAACUGAACCAACGAACAGCUCCCAUGAAGUAACGCCGUCGUCCGCAUUACAUGUAGCACUUCGUGGCCGCUCUCGUUGUCGUAGAGUGAUGCAUCGGGUGUCAGUACACACGAGCAGUGAAAGUCGUCGAGGCAAAUUACAGCUUGUUAAAACCGUAUUUUGGCAGUUAAAUCGUCUUAAAAGUUUUUACCGAUGAUAAAACCGGCUAUUUGAAAGCUAAAUGAUAUUUAUUUUCAUUAAAAUAAAUCGGCU